AUGCGCGCCGGCAAUUUGCUCGGUCAGCGAAUUGCCGAAGCCGUGCAUCGGCGUGGCAUCACCCGAGUCGAGCUAGACGCAAUCGCUCGAAAAUGCAAAAGUCUCGAGUGCGUUCUGAGGGCAAUUAUGCAGACCGACACCAUGGAGAAUCUCGAUAAUUGCUCUUAUCGCUAUCCGGAAACCGAUCCGGUCACCCCGUACGCCUUAUGGAUCGAUGGACCAUGCACGUGUGUUGCCGCACUUCUUUCGCUCGUCGGCGCACGCUACGCAAUCAAAUUUUUGUGUCGAGCCGGCCUCAACAAAGAGCUCACUGCAGCGCUUUUCUCGCUCUGCGCCAUCGACUCAUUGCUAAUGAUAUGCGUGUUUCUGUUCUAUGGAAUCGAAGCCAGCUCAAUUCUGAUUCUCGACAAGAAUAUCAUGCAGGACUUUCAAACGUUCACCUACAAUCUUCAUGGGGUCGCGAGCUCGCUGACAACAUCGUCGACAAUCCUCGUCGUCUAUAUCACGUUCCUCCGAUUCAUGGUGGUGAUGAGGCCGCUGAGAUACGCCAAUGGAAUGAAUCAGCAUCAUAAGAGAGCCGAAAGCGGCAACCGGAAGCGGAAGUCGAUCAAUUCGGCGAUCGAUGAGCCAUUGCCACGUGGCGUUUUCAAUAAAUCAUCGCUUAAACGCAACUUCAACACCAAAGAAUUCAUUCGUCCAUUUUAUAUACCAUUCCUUUUAAUUGCCAUCAGCUUUGCGAUUCACAUUCCGACCUAUUUUGAAUUCGUGUUAGCCGAAUGCAUGAAUUUCGAAUCAAGUGGAAACUCGAAAUAUAUCAUCUCGACGGCUUUUCGUGAAAAUACCACGUAUAAAACGAUCAAGGCGAUUCAAAUGACGUUGACGCAGACGAUAGGACCCGUCUCGAUUAUAUUGAUCUUGUCGCUUCUCACCGAAUAUCGUGUUCAUAUGAGUUUGAAGGCAAGAAGAAAACUAUUUGAGAGCCAACAACGAAGUCGGGAAGUUGUGAUGAGCGAGGAGAUCAAAGAGCGCGUCUCGAGAACGCUUGCGAUUUUCAUUGCCAUCAAAUUUUUGAUAUUCAGAACCGGACCAAUCUUCUUCGACGUUUAUGAGAGCAUCUAUGGAAUUGAGAAUUGGUCGGUGACGAUGUCGGUGAUGGUGCGCGUGUCGGACUUUGGAAUUGUCUUGAACACCGCCACCAAUUGUUUGGCCUAUUUCGGGAAAAAGAGAUGGAUCGAGAAGCGAUUGAGAUUGAGAUUGUUGAAGAAGGAGGAGAAGCGCACGGCGAAGGCAGCUUCAACAACAGCUUCAACUCGAUCGUGCUCUGUUCGAAAAACACUCAGCGAUAAUGGGCUUCCGCAUCCAUUGAAAGCUGAGCAAACGCCGCUCGUCGAUAAGGAGCUCAUCCAAAUCGUUUAG